AUUCCUGGCAGCCAGCCGGUUUUGUUGAAUGCCUUUUUCUUUCAGUCUUUUGCUAUUAUCACAAUCCAUCUUCAAACUGCUUCUCAUCAGUUGUCAUAACUCAGUUUUGUACCUACCUAGCUCAAACUUGCAAUUGCAUUUUCACAUUGAAGAAAUCACAGAAAAAUUAGUGAGAUCGAGAUGGCUUAUGUUGCUUUAACUUCUCUAAUGACAACAAUUGAGCUUCAGUUUCGGCAACAAAUCCCAAGAGUUUCUCUUCAUCUUCAUGAUGAUCAAGCACCCAUCAAAUCUUUCUAUGAAAACCUUUCUUCUUUGCAGGCCUUUCUGGAAAAGAAAUCCAGUGCCGGUGAUGCUGCAAUCAAAUAUUUUGGAACCCUAAUAAGAGACUUUGCACUCAAAGUUGAAGAUGACAUCGAAAUACAGCUAAGCAACUUUGUUGUGGCCAAAGCCAAAGACGACGCAGGGCAUCAAGAAGCAGCUUCCCAGCAACUCUGUCAAAUCUUGCAACAAGCACAACAAAAGAUUGCUGAUGUUGUGGAGAUUAUCAACAGCACAAAAGAGUAUAUACUGAAUGAUGAUUUAACUUAUCUCAACACAAUAAUAGAUCAUCAUAUCAAGUCUAUACAAUCCAACGCAAUGAGAGUGGUUUAUGAUCGAAUUCAAACCCUAUUCAAAUCUCUUAUUGAAAGUCUUUCUACUUCACGAGGAUUUCUUUAUACAUCCAAAGAUUUGGAAACCAAAAUAAGAUAUUUAGCUGUAGAUGGCAUCAAGAUACAACUCAGCAGUUUUCUUCUGGUCAAAGACACAGUACAUGAAGAAGAAGCUUUCCAGGAACUGUGUCAAACCUUGCAUCAAGUAACAGAAAAUGCAGCACAACUGUUGAGCACUAUCCACAACACAAGUAGCAAUGAAGCUGAUGAUGAUGAUGAGGCCAAUGAUACUCAGUCUGUGUGCUAUCCAAAGCUUGAGGAGGGCAGAAUAAUGGUGGGUCAUCAAAAUGACGUUAGUAUCAUAAAGAGUCGACUCUUCAGUAGCUUUAAAGGUGUAAAAGUAAUCCCAAUUACUGGGAUGCCAGGCAUAGGGAAGACUACUUUAGCAAGAAAAAUCUUGGAAGAUCAAUCAGUUGCAUUCAAUUUCCAGGUACGAGGAUGGGUUACAGUGACUCAAAAUUACAAUCACACCAAAGUGCUACGCGACCUUCUCCAGUCAAUUUCACCAAGUCAUGAAAUUAUAAAGGAAGCCCCUCUUUGGGAGCAGGUUCGUGAAUGCUUGGAGGAAAAGCGGUAUCUAAUUGUCUUGGAUGACAUAUGGAGCACUGGGGAUUGGAAUUCAUUAGAAGCAUUAUUACCCAAUUGUGAGAACGGAAGUUGCAUAUUGCUGACCACAAGAUUCUAUGGAGUGGCUGACUAUGCUUGCACAAUCAAAGGUACAUAUCAUGUUAUGAGUUUACUAGAUCCAAAUGAAAGUUGGGAUCUAUUCUGUACUAUCUUUCCUCUUCAAAGAUAUAGGGCACCAAGUUUUGGAAAAUUCAGGAGUCACUUGUUCCAUGUUGUGGAAAUAUGUGAAGGACUGCCACUGUCGAUUGUUGUAGUUGCCAAGCGCUUAUCUGAAUGCAAAGACAACAUACAACAUGAAUUGAAAAAGAUUGAAAAGGAAAUAGAAUUGUUGGGAAUUCUAGAUUAUAGUGCACUCAUUCUCAUGUACAAUCAGUUGCCAGAAUAUUUGAAAGGUUGUUUUCUAUAUCUUGGAGUCUUUCCAAAGCGUAGCGAGAUCCAAGUUAAAAUACUUCUUAGGUUAUGGAUUGCUGAAGGAUUUGUGAAGCCAUCGAAGAAUAAGGAGUUAGAAAGGAUUGCUUAUUGUUACUUAAAGGACCUCAUUGAUAGAAGUCUUGUGUUAAUAAACAAACAGACUUUUGAUGGCAAAAUUAAGACUUGUAGGGUGCACAGUGUCAUGCAUAACAUCUGUUUCAGAGAGGCUCAAAAGGAGGGAAUUUUAUGUGCAGUAAAUACUCAGCAACUCCCAAUGUGGUCAUUAAAUGCAUUUGCAAAUUCAUGCCGUUGGUUAAGUUUAUGCAAACAUAGGUUUGACUAUUAUGUGUUGUUUAGUUCAAACAACCCUCGCUCCAUUUUCUUCUUUCAAGAAAACACUGAAAUUUUUGUAUCCUUGAAGCUGUUAAGAGUUUUGGCAUUUGUUCAAUCUUCAUUCCUCCAAAGACUGCUAAUGCAAUUAGGGGAUUUGAUAUUUUUAAGAUAUUUAUCGGUAACACAAUGGUUUGAGGGUCUGAGUGAUGUUGUGUCAAGUAAUGUGAAUUUGCAGACACUUAUUGUUUCUUGUAAUGACAGUGAAUCACAAGUUGGAGCACCAAUUCUCCAUUUGCCAUCAACAAUUUGGGAGUCACCACAGUUAAGGCAUCUUGAACUUGGCACUUGCUAUGUUGUCAAUCCUCCAAGCAUGGUAAAAGAGAAUUUGCAAACAUUAUCUUGGGUGGAUCCAACUCAUUGCAGAAGCAGAGUGUAUUCCAAUUUUCCAAAUAUAAAAAUACUGAAAGUUGUCUAUAAAGUAGACUUAGAGGCCAGCCAGAUUAGUGGAUGUUCUAGCAAUUGCUUCAUUUUGGAUAAGUUGGGCUAUUUAGAACAGCUUAAGAGUCUAACAGUUUCAGUUUCGGUUGGGUGCAUUUUAACCUUUCCUGAAAGGUUUAUUUUUCCUUCACAACUGAAGAAGUUGAAGUUAAGUGGUACUAAUCUUUCUGGGUGGGAUUUAACAGUAAUUGGGAGGUUGCAAUGGCUUGAGGUACUAAAGCUGGAAAAUGCGUUCCAUAAAGAAGUAUGGGAAGUAGCUGAAGGAGGAUUCUAUAGAUUAAGAUUGUUGGUCCUCAAAGAUAAAAAGCUCAAAAGGUUGGAGGCUUACACUGAUUCUUUCCCAUGUCUUGAGCAUCUAGUCCUAAGAUGUUGUGAGUGUUUGGAAGAGAUCCCUAGCAGUUUUGGAGAAAUUUUCUGCUUCAAGUCAAUUGAAAUGGAUAGGUUUAGCCACCGCCCUUCCAUUGUUGCGUCUGCUAGGAUUAUUCAAGAGAAGCUAAAGAAGAAUUUUGGAAAAGAAAAUUUUGAGAUUAAAAUCCAAGGGCAGGGGCAGGUGCCUGAAUAUAUAGAAGAGUGUGUAGAAGAUGUUGAAAAGGAAAAUUGUGAGAUAAAAAUGGAGGAGGAGGGUGAAUCAUUAGCAGGGGCAGGGGCAGGGGGGCAGAUGGUAGAGGAAGAAAUUGGAGUUGGGAAAUUGAAGUCUUAUAUCCACAAAUUAAAGAAAACGAGAUUCAGAAAUCUGUUAAAGAGGCGCAACCCCAAAACUGGCUCUUCCAACCAGAUUCAGAUUUGAGAAGAGCAACAUGAGAUAAGGGCAACAUUAAGUUGAGCAUAUCUGGUAUCAGCAUCAUACCAUUCUGGUGUUUCAGUCCAGUUGGAGCCCAUUAUCUGUUCUGUUGUUGGACAUAAUACAAAGAUGCAGCAAUCAACGUAUAUAUAUGGCUUUGUGAAGAGAUCUGCUGCUUGAUCUUAUGACUUUCAGUGGACUAAUGUAAGUUCACCAUCUUCCACUAGCUCUCCCAAGAAUGUGUUUGGGUGUCAAAGGAUAUCUCUGAAACAAGUAAGGCUGGCAAUUAUGUUCAGUGAUAGUAUAUUGGAAUUGAAUAAGGAAUUGAAAGAACAGCACCAAACAACAUGAAAUCUAUGUUUGGGUUGAAGAUUAGUUAAUGAAGUCGCGAGAAACCAAUUCUUGCCAUUUAGCAUCUGUAAUUGACGACUCCACAUUAUAUGGAUUUAAUCUGAUCAAAUUCGUCUACUUUAGUCAACUA